CUCGCCCCACCCCCACCCCACCUGCCCGCCAUGGCCAAGUACGCCAACGCCAAGAUGGUCUUCCUGACCGACUUUGACGGCACGAUUACGAUGCUCGACUCCAACGACCACAUGGUCGACACGUGCGGCAUGGGCUACACGGAGCGCCGCAAGAUCAACGAGGAGAUCAUCCACGAGCGCACCUCGUACCAGGACGGCUUCCGCACCAUGGUCGAGAGCGUCAAGCGCCCCUUCAAGGAGAUGGAGGAGCUCGUGCGCCGCGACGUCACGCUGGACCCCAAGUUCAAGGAGUUCCACGCCUACGCCAAGAAGCACGACAUUCCCAUCGUCGUCGUGUCGUCGGGCAUGACGCCCAUCAUCCGCAGCAUCUUUGCCAACCUCAUCGGCGAGGAGGAUGCCAACUCGAUCGACGUCAUCUCCAACGAGGUCAAGUUUACCGACAAGGAGCAGGUCGGCAACACGUGGGAGCUCGUCUACCGCCACCCCGACAGCCACUUCGGCCACGACAAGUCCCUCUCGAUCCUGCCCUACCGCGAGCUCGAGAACCCGCCGCUGCUCUUCUUCGCCGGCGACGGCAUCUCGGACAUGUCUGCCGCGCGCCACGCCGACGUGCUCUUUGUCAAAGACAAGCAGGACAACGACCUCAAGACGUACGUCGACAAGUACAAGAUUCCCUACACCAUCUUCAAGGACUGGGGCGUGAUCCAGGACAUGGUCGAGAAGAUCGUCGACGGCAAGAUCGACAUCGACUCGCUGCGCAAGCCCAAGGGCUACAUGACCGAGUCGAGCUAGACGGCGGUGCCUGCUGGCCCGCGUCUGCCGCUUCGAACUACUUCUCGCU